GCCUUGACGAUCGUACCACGUUCAGAUCAGGAAUAUUCCGAACAACAAAUGCUGUUGGAUUGGCUCGACGAAACCCAUUGUGGUCAAUACGAUUUCGUCUACUUGCGUAUCGAUUUUAAAAAUAAGUGUAAUGUCGGAUACGCUUUUGUUAACUUUGUAGAUAUCAGUGCCGUACUUUCUUUUGCUAAGACACGCGUUGGGAAAAAAUGGUAUUUGCAUUUCCUUUAUUUACCCAAGUUUUUACACAAUCAUCACGCAGUCCUUGUAACAAAUAAUAAAGUUUUAAAAGGUCGAGUUUCAACUCUGCCAAGAUUUGUGAAUUAUCAUAUGCCAAUGUCCAGGGCAAAAACGCGCUUAUCCAAAAGUUUAGAAAUUCCUG